AGAUCGUGCCAUUGUACUCCAGCCUGAGCAACAAAAGCAAAACUCCGUCUCAAAUAAAAAAAAGAUUCUAGUGGAACUCCUAUAUGAAGUAAAAGGGGGUGCUCAAAUUAAAGGAGGGAAGACUACCCCCUACCCCCCUAGGGUUCCAGGGAACACAGUUUGAAGACCAUUUGGUCUGCUCAUCACAAGGCCCCUUUAUACCUACUCUCCUGGGCUUCGAGUGUUUAGGAUUACAAGAAGUGAGGGCUCUGGUUCCCAUGGGCCCAGGGAACUCAAAGGUAGGGAGUCUGGGGCAGUGGGAACCCCUCCCCUCCAGCGAGUAUCACUCAUGGGCUCAGGAUGAGGUCUGAGUCUCAGGACCCUGGCAGCCUGGGGCCAGGAGGGCCAUCCUAGGAGCCCCUGGUGCCUCUCCAGCAUCUUCCACCCCACCGUGACCCUCUCCUGCUUCCCACCGCUCGGGCAGGUGGUGACCGCUGUUUGUCUCCUGGAGCUGCUAAACGGAGAAGGGGAGGGGCUCUGCAGUGGGAUGGUGGUGGGACGGUGAGGGUGAGGGGAAUUGGGGGGCACCCAGACCUGGGAUCCAAGAGGCCUGCAGCCCCACCCCGCCCUCCCCCACUGGCAGAGGGGAUGGAGUUUCCUUUUGAUGGCAACGAGAGCCCAGGUGGUGGUGCAGUCUGAGGAGGGAACAGAUGCCCUGAAGGGCUGGCCCUGUCCAUGGCCCAUGGCUCCAGCCACUUGGCCUUUAGUUUGGUGCCCUCCACACUCCCAGGGUUCCUCCUCAGGCCGACCCCCUCUGCUGUCUCCAUUCCCUACUGGAUCAGAGCCCUGGGCACCCCCAGCCUGGGGCCCUGACCAGUGAGGGCUGGCUUACCUGGGAGACACAGGCCGAUGGGUGGAAGGAGCAGGGCGUGCCUGCCUGCCCAGCGCUCCAGCUGUCCCCCCAGCCCUCACCGGGGCCUGCUGUGUGGCGCCUGGCGGCGCUAAGGCGGGUGGGCAGGAAACCCAAGCUGAGAGGACAUCAAUCAUUCAUGGGGCUGCUUGCCGGGAAACCCUAACCCUGGCCCAGUAGGGCCAAGUGACCAGCCAGACCCCCUCCCCCAGCCCUGAUGGACCUGGACAGUCAGACCCUCCUCCUCAGGGCUUCUCCAGCCCAGGGCAGACUCUAAGACUCCAAGGUCCACCUCCUUCCACAUCACCCGCCGUGCUCCUCAAUACGGCAUUCGAGGCAUCUGUGAUCUGGUCUCUUUCUCCAUUUCACAUGCCCUCUGCUCUGGCCAGGAUGUCACCCAUCGGGGGUCCCAGUGGGCCACUCGCUCAUCCUUUCCCACCUCCCAGCUGUUGUCCACAUGCCUCCUCCCGCCUGAGGUGCCUUCCCUGGUCCUCUCUGCUAACGAAGGCCUCCGCCCAUGUCACAACUGGGCUGAGUCUCUGCACCCCGGCAUCAUUCCCCAUGUUUUAUAGAUGGGGAAACUGAGGCCGGGAGGGGAAUUUGCUGGCUCCCCCAGCUAGUAAGUGGCAGAUCUGGCAUCUGAGGCUCAUGGCAGCCACCAUGUCCUGGUGCCCCUUGCUUCUGACCAAGGACAGUUCUCUGGACCCAUCUGGCUCUGCCCUGGCCAGUCCUGAGGCAGAGGACUGGGAUUAGGGCUGAGGCUGCCUGCCUCACUUACCCUAAUCCCCCUCAGAGCCCGAUCCUAGGCUCUCACCUCUAAGAGUGGGGGUGCAUAAGCAGCUUUAUGGGUCCUGAAAGUCAAGGGUGCCCAGGGGUGAUUGUCUCUGAGCCCUGUUAUCCCUCCCCCAUGGCCACAGAGCAGGCAAGGGGGCAGCACGGCCCAGACCCGGCCACUGGCCCUCAGAAGCCCCCUGCAGGGGUUGUGACUCCCAAGAGUGAUGCAGAGGAGCCCCCGCUGACCAGGAAGAGGAGCAAGAAGGAGAGGGGGCUCCGAGGGUCUCGAAAGCGCACUGGCAGCUCUGGGGAGCAGUCAGGCCCCGAGGCCCCGGGGAGCAGCAAUAACCCUCCGAGGACUGGAGAGGGCCCAGUGGGGGCACCCCCUGCAUCCCCUGGGCCGGCCUCUUCUCGCCAGUCCCACCGACAUCGUCCUGACUCCCGGCAUGACGCUGCUCAGAGGAUGUACGGGCCCCUGCUCAAUCGAGUCUUCGGGAAGGACCGCGAGCUGGGCCCCGAGGAGCUAGACGAACUUCAGGCCGCCUUUGAGGAGUUUGACACUGACCGUGACGGCUACAUCAGCCACCGGGAACUGGGUGACUGCAUGCGGACCCUGGGCUACAUGCCCACCGAGAUGGAGCUCCUGGAGGUCUCGCAGCACAUCAAGAUGCGCAUGGGUGGCCGUGUGGACUUUGAGGAGUUUGUAGAACUGAUAGGCCCAAAGCUGAGGGAGGAGACGGCGCAUAUGCUGGGGGUGCGAGAGCUGCGCAUCGCCUUCCGAGAGUUUGACAGGGACAGGGAUGGACGAAUUACGGUAGCGGAGCUGCGGGAGGCUGUACCGGCUCUGCUCGGGGAGCCGCUGGCGGGUCCUGAGCUGGACGAGAUGCUCCGAGAAGUGGACCUCAAUGGGGAUGGCACCGUAGACUUUGAUGGUGAGUCUCCUUCCCAGAAAACCCUCCCGUCCUUCCAGGGCCCAGGCUGAGCCCAGCACCUCCUGGGAUCCCUGACGUGGACUGGCCCAAGCCCUGCCCUUCUCUCCUGCAGAGUUUGUGAUGAUGCUUUCCCGCCACUGAGGCUCCAGGAGGGAAUAUCUGUUGCCCCUGCGGCCCCAGACACCGGCCGGACCCAGACUACAGCCCUCCCGCAGGAGCCUCCAGGAUGAAGAUCGAGGAGACCCAGCAGCCCCCAGACUUCUUCUGUCCCUGGAAACACCUGGCCUCGAGGUCUGCUUGUUAUGUUACCCACCCAUCCUCAUCCUUACCUCCCCCUACUCAAGCUGCCUGGAGAAGACCUGCCCUCAGCUGUCCACCGUUCCUCAGUGUGAGCAAGAUUUGGGUCUCUCCAGACCCCUGGGAGGUAGGGAGUUGCCUGGCACUGGUGGCAUUCAGUGGGGACGCCCCAGUGGCAUGAUGAAUGGAGAGGAUGGCUGGACCCCUCCCACUACUUAUAUUUAUAGGUUUUUUUUAAUUGAAUGAACUUGAGCCGGGUGUGGUGGCUCACACCUGUAAUCCCAGCUGUUAGUGGGGCAGAAGUGGGAGGACAGCUUGAGUCCAGGAGUUUUGAGACCUGCCUGUGCAAUAUAUUGAGACCCCCAUUCUCCACAAAAAGGAAAAAUAAAAGACAAAAAACAAACAAA